AUGGUUUCUCUUAUAGUCAAUAUGUCAAAUCUUUCUUCCACCAUGAAAUUCAAGAAAACCAAAAGAAAUAGUCAUGGUUCCAUAAUUGAAUCUCUUCCAAGUGAUUUAUUGAUAGAGGUUCUCACUCGGGUUGCAUCAUCUUCAUACACAGACUUGUUCAAUGCAAAAUUAAGUUGUAGAAAUUUUCUUGAAGCAUCGGAUGAUAAGUUCAUAAUGAAGAAUAUUUCAAUAGAGAAAUUUCCAGCAAUUCCAUGGUGGCAAGUAAAGGAUGAAGUCUCUUCAUUCUUGAAAGCUUGCAAAGAAAGUGGAAAUCCGGAAGCAUUAUAUAGACAAGGAAUGAUGGAGUUCUUCAGUUGGAAGAAAGUGGAAUCGGGAGAAGAAUAUCUAAAGAGAGCAAUGGAGAUGGAGCACAUGGAGGCAUCAUAUGUUUAUGGCAUCAUCUUGUUAUGCAAAGGGGGUGAAUCGAAUGAAGAACAAGGCAUGAAACUUCUAAAUGCAGUGAAGAAAUCAAGAAAGUUGGGAGAAUGCAGAAAAAAAACAAAAGCUUUCAUUCUAAGCAUGUGGAUUAGAAACCCCAUUGUUAAAUGCCAAGAAUUAAUGAACUACCAUGCCAAAACUUGUGGUAGAAGAAACAAUGGAGGGAUUGGAGGAAAAAGAGGAUGGUGGCAAUGGAUUGAUGACAGGGAAGACGAUGAAGAUAAAGAUGUGGAAGAAGUGAAUUACUGUGAAGGUUGCAUGUGGGAAGAUGAAGUUUCUUUGUUUUGUAAGCUAUUUAGAUGA